AUGGCUGUCAACGCCAGCUUUACCUCGCCGCGGGCAGAUGCGAGCUACGUUACGCCCUACGAAGGUGGAAUUGUUGGCGCUGUCAUUGACGCCACGAACGGGUGGACCAUCGUUCUUACGCUGCUGUGUCUGGCCGUCGGAUACGAUCAAUUCAAGUAUAUCUGGAACAAAGGAUCCAUCGUCGGCCCGGCCUGGAAGAUACCCUUCAUCGGCCCCUUCCUCGAAUCCGUAAACCCCAAGUUUGAGAAGUAUCAUGAGAAAUGGAUGAGUGGGCCUCUAAGCUGUGUAUCCGUGUUUCACAAGUUCGUUGUCAUUGCCUCGACUCGCGACAUGUCGCGCAAAAUCUUCAACUCGCCCAGCUUCGUCAAGCCCUGCGUCGUAGACGUCGCGCACAAACUCCUGCGGCCCACCAACUGGGUCUUUCUGGACGGCAAGGAGCAUGUCGACUACCGCAAAGGUCUUAAUGGCCUCUUCACGCGCCAGGCCUUGGAGCUGUACCUACCGGGUCAGGAGGAGACCUACAACAGAUAUUUCAUGCAUUGGCUUGACAUAUCCCAGAAGCAGAACAACGGCAAGCCCGUACCCUUCAUGACGCACUUUCGCGAGCUCAUGUGCGCCGUCUCCUGCCGCACAUUCGUCGGCCAUUACAUGCCCGACGCAACCGUCAAGAAGAUCGCUGACGACUACUACCUGAUUACCGCCGCGCUAGAACUCGUCAACUUCCCCGUCAUCCUCCCAUUCACCAAGACCUAUUACGGCAAGAAGGCCGCAGACGUAGUCCUAAAAGAGUUCGCCAAAUGCGCCGCAAAGUCCAAGGCGCGCAUGGCCGCCGGGGGCUCCAUCACCUGCAUCCUGGACGGCUGGGUCAAGCACAUGCUGGACUCCGAAGACUACCGGCAGAAGGUCGCCUCAGGCGCCGAAACCAACCCCUCCGAGAAGCCCUCGAUGCUCAUCCGCACGUUUACCGACUUCGAGAUCUCGCAGACGCUCUUCACCUUCCUGUUCGCCUCGCAAGACGCCUCCAGCAGCGCCUGCACCUGGCUCUUCCAGCUGAUGGCCGAUCGUCCCGACGACCUAGAUCGGAUGCGCGAGGAGAACCUCCGCGUGCGCAACGGCGACAGGAACGCACCUCUCUCCAUGGACCUCCUCGAGAGCCUCACCUUCACGCGCGCCGUCGUGAAAGAAACGCUCCGCUAUCGCCCGCCCGUGCUAAUGGUCCCCUACGUCGCGAAAAAGCCCUUCCCGAUCACGGACACCUACACCGUCCCAAAGGGCUCCAUGGUAAUCCCGACCACCUACCCGGCACUGCACGACCCGGAGGCGUACCCCAACCCGGACUCCUUCGAGCCGGAGCGCUGGAUCAGCGGGACGGCGGAGAACCACCCGAAGAACUGGCUCGUGUUCGGCACGGGCCCGCAUUACUGCUUGGGACAGACGUAUGCGCAGCUUAAUUUGGCGGCGAUGAUUGGCAUGGCCAGCUUGAAGCUGGAUUGGAAGCAUGAGGUUACGGAGUUGAGCGAGAAGAUCAAGGUGUUUGCUACCAUCUUCCCGCAGGACGAUUGCCUCCUUACGUUUUCGGAGAGGUCGUAG